AUGGAAGGAAGGCCAUGGAUCUUUGAAGGGCAACUUUUCUCAGUUGCAGAAUAUGAUGGCAACACCCCUCCAAACAAAAUGUCGUUUGACGUUGCUGCUUUCUGGGUAAGAAUGUACAAUCUCCCUUUAUCUUGUAUGGGAAGGGAGAUGGGUUUCAAACUGGGAACAACAGUGGGCAUAGUGGAAGAUGUUGACACUGAUGAAAAUGGAGUUGGCUGGGGAGAAUUUCUGAGGGUCAAAGCGCAAGUAAAUGUUCUGAAACCUUUACCAAGGGGACGGAUUCUGAAAAUGAAAAACAAAACUCUGUGGAUUGAUUUCCAGUAUGAAAGAAUUCCGCACUUCUGUUUCAAAUGUGGUGUAAUCCGGCAUGGUUCGGGGGGGUGCGUUAAUGAAAUUUUACGUUGGAAACAAGGAAGGGGUGCCGUGAACGAAUAUGGACUAUGGCUUCGUGCGGGUCACCCUCGGAGGCGGCAAACUCUGAGCAAAGGAAGCAAUGGUGUUGAGGAAAACAAUUACAGUGCCAACGCGUCUCCACGGAGGUCCUCCAGUUUCCGUCCGGCGAAUGCAAUGUCACCGGAGACUAACGGACUCCCAAAAAUGAAAGAUGGAAGUAGCGGAGAGGAAGGCAUGUCCGGAUUUUCAGCAACCAAUUUUAAUGCUGCAACGGCUAAGUUUCCACUGACUAGGCCGAUCUCCUUAAUGGAGGAAGAUAUUGCUGAGGCAGGAAGCGAAAAUCGUGGAGGAUUUAUGAAGGAAUCAAGCGACCAUUUAAAAGAAAAUUCGGCUGGAGGGAAGGGGGAGAAUCACGCUACGGGGGGGAAGAUUUUGGCAAAUAUCACGGAAAGAAGCGCUGUCCAGGGAGAAACGGAACCAAUGAAUGAGGAGCUAAUGGGAAGGAAAAUUGAAUGUUACAUGCAAAAUAACGUCUCCUCCCAGUUGACUAAGGAGGCAAUCUCAUUGAAUAACCCAGGAGGGGAUUCGGGGGACACGGAGGAGUGGGAUUUAGACGAGUUAAGGGAACUCCAAUCAAAGGCGAACGACAUUUUGGAGGAAGAGGAGAUGAAGUGGCAACAACGUGCAAAAGCUGAUUGGCUCAAGCACGGGGACAAAAACUCAAAAUUUUUCCAUGCCUGUGCCACCCAGAGGAGACGUUCAAACAAGAUAUCAAGGGUUGUCGAUGAAGAGGGGACCAUUUGCGACCAAGCUGAGUCGAUAGAAACAGCUUUUAUCUCCUAUUUCAAAGGAAUUUUGACAACAUCGAAUCCCUCAGGAUUGGAGGAGGCUCUUGCGGUCUUACCCCGGAGAAUUACAGCUGCGAUGAAUGCGGAUUUGGAGAAAGACCCUACCCUCGAGGAGGUCACUAUGGCUCUCAGUCAAAUGGCGCCCUUCAAAUCUCCAGGUCCGGACGGGUUCCCAGCGGGUUUUUUCCAAGAUAAUUGGGCUGUUGUAGGAGAGGAGGUAUUUAUGGUUAUAAAAGAAUUUUUUUCCUCUGGAUAUAUAAAAUCUGAAGUCAAUUCCACUUUCAUUGCCCUUGUUCCCAAAAAACCAAAUGCCACAAAAGUCUCUGAUUUUCGCCCUAUUUCAUUGUGUAACGUUUUGUAUAAAAUCUUGGCAAAAGUUCUCGCGAAUAGAUUGAAAAUAUUUUUACCCAAUAUCAUCUCCUGCAACCAGUCUGCAUUCAUCCCGGGUAGGCUAAUCUCGGACAACAUUUUAGUAGCUUAUGAAACCUUACAUACUAUGCAUUCUAGGAUGUAUGGACGUACGGGUUACAUGGCUCUAAAACUCGAUAUGAGUAAAGCCUACGACCGGGUGGAGUGGAUUUUUUUGGAGAAAGGGAUGGAAAAAAUGGGGUUUUCCAGAAAAUGGGUUCAUAUGGUGAUGCAAUGUGUUUCCACUGUCUCUUAUUCUAUCCUCAUAAAUGGAGAGCCAGUGGGGCUCUUAAAACCAUCCAGAGGUAUUCGCCAGGGCGAUCCUCUCUCACCUUACCUGUUCAUUCUUUGUGCGGAGGUUCUUAGUGCUCAUCUUCAGCAAUCAGAGAUGUCUGGCAUCCUUAGGGGGGUCCCUACCUCCCCAAGAGGUAUACGAAUAAAUCACUUAUUUUUUGCUGACGAUAGUCUUCUAUUUUGUAAAGCUUCUUCGCAGGAUUGGGGGCAUAUGGUGAAUAUUUUGGACCUCUAUGAACGAGCUUCAGGACAAAGGUUAAACAAAGAAAAAACUGCGGUUUUCUUUAGCCGUAAUACACCUCAAGCUGCUCGUGAUGAGUUGUCUUCUUUAGUGGGUGUUCCGAUUUCACAACGCUAUGACUCCUAUUUAGGCCUUCCCGCUCUUGUGGGAAAAUCCAGAGUGAGGGAAUUUCAAUUUUUGAAGGAUAAGGUGAAGCGGAAAAUUUCGGAUUGGAAAACAAAAUUGCUUUCACAAGCUGGGAAGGAAGUCUUACUCAAAGCGGUGAUACAAGCCAUACCGACGUACAGCAUGAGUAUCUUUUUACUCCCCAAAGAACUAUGCAAGGACUUGAAUAAGAUGAUGCAACAAUUUUGGUGGGGUCAUUCGGAGGAAGCAAACAAAAUUCACUGGAUGAGUUGGGAGAAAAUGAGCACUGCCAAAGCAAACGGAGGGAUGGGUUUUAGAGAUAUUGUGUGUUUCAACAAAGCACUAUUGGCGAAACAAAGUUGGAGAUUCAUGCAAAACCCGGAUAGUCUGGCUGCCAAGGUCAUCUCGGCAAAGUAUUUCCCUCGGGGUUCUUAUAUGACUGCAAAGAUUGGGAACAAACCCUCUUAUGCUUGGCGGAGUAUCUUAGAGGGCAGGAAGCUUUUUCAGGAAGGGAUUUUUUGGAGGAUCGGGGAUGGCCGAACAGUGUCCAUUUGGGAGGAUAAGUGGCUCCCCCGCUCGACAACCUAUUCUGUUCAGGCCCCAUGUAAGAUUUUACCCAAGGAAGCGAAGGUGGCUGACCUUAUAGACACAAACCCAGCUCAAUGGAAAAGGGAGUUAAUUCGGGAGAUUUUUGGUGAGGUGGAGGCUGACAUUAUCUGCAAUAUCCCCAUUAGUACCCAUCAUCAACCGGAUAAAUUAAUUUGGCGUGGCACAAACACCGGGGAAUUUUCUGUAAAAAGCGCGUAUCACAUUGAGAAGGAGCGCCAGGACAGAAAAAAUGGAGAAGGAUCUACCCCAGGGAGUGGAGAGGAGGUCUGGAAGACUCUAUGGAAUUUGAAGAUCCCAAACUCCUCAAAAGUCUUUUCUUGGAGAGCAUGUAAAAAUAUCCUGCCUACAAAGGUAAAUCUUAAAAGAAGAGGCGUUAUUGAGGAUGAGAUUUGCUUCUUCUGUUGCCAGGAGAGGGAAACGGUUAUUCACAUCUUAUGGGGUUGUCCCUCGGCACAAGAUGUAUGGGGUUCUAGCACUCGGAAAUUUCAAAAGUGCAGCAUGGACUGUAGAACUUUUUUGGAUCUCUUUGACGCUAUGGCGCGGCAGCUGGACGAAGAAGACCUGAAACUUUUUGUUAUCACGUCAAAAGGGAUUUGGCAGCGUCGAAAUGUGGUCCUGCAUGGGGGUGAUUUUACUCACCCAACUAUAGUUGCAAACAUGGCCAGAAAUAGCCUGUUACAAUUUUCACAGGCAAAUUCUCAAGAGGCUAAUGCAGGCGAAGAAGGGACAGCAAAGUUGAAAUCCAAAUGGCAGGCUCCACCUCCGGGUCUAUACAAGGCAAACUGGGAUAUAGCUUUCUCAAAGGACAAUAGCUGUAUGGGAAUUGGUGUGAUCAUACGAGACGAGGGAGGUCAUGUUCUAGCAGCAAGAAGCAAAUCGAUCCAGGCCGUCCACGAACCUGUCACCGGAGAAGCAUUGGCAGCCCUUCAUGCAGCAGAAUUCUGCCAGGAGCUUGGCUUCUUUGAGAUUUUGCUAGAGGGAGACUCGAUGUCGGUAGUCAAGGCCAUCAGGGAGACAUCUCAAAAUUGGUUAAGGUAUGGGCAGAUUGUGGAAGACACGAAGACGGUGUUAAGGUCCUUUCGACAUUGGGAGAUUAGUCAUGUGAAGCGCGAAGCAAAUGAAGCUGCUCAUAUUUUGGCUAAGGAGGCAUCUAGGACUGACACUGAUAGAAUUUGGAUUGAGGAAAUUCCUGUUUGUAUUUCCAACAUUGUCCUUUUAGAGCUUAACGCUCUUUUUUCUUAG